AUGGAGUGUCCUGUAGCAUCAUCAGUCGAGGUACCGAUUAUUUCCAAGAUCACAGGGAUUGUUGCUCGAUUAACAAAUAAUAUGGCGGCAGAUGUUCAGCCACUAACAUUUCAACGUCAUAAAGUAGCAAAUGGCAAAGCGGAAUAUGUCUACACUGCUAAGAAUUCAGGUCCAGUAUCAGAAAAAGUUGUUCGUUUGGGACGUGAAGAGUGCUCGGAAGAUGAAGGAUGUGAUUAUGCAGUUGCAGUAGUCAACAGACGAACAGGGAAGAUAGACUGCUUACCAACUAAGUUGAUUUGUUUCGAAAAUGUACCAGCAUCGGAUUUCCAAAUAAUGUUAGAUACUAGUUACAAAAGGAAAAUCGACUAUUCCAUUGAUAACACUAUUAGCAGAGAAUCGUGGGCUGAUAAGCGGCGUGCAUUAACGGAUGACUUUGGAUCAGUAAAAAAGAUUAAGAUGCUAGAUGCUGCCAAACGACGACAAAUUAAAGAUGAAACGUUGUCAGUUAUGCUCAGUUCGGCAUUUGCGUCUGCGAAUAUGAAAAAAGAAGUUGAAACAGUGGAAUCUGAAAUUUCAUUGUUAGCAAAGACUGAGAGUUCAGUGCUACCGAAAGCAAAUAUGGAUGUAAAAUCGCCACGGGAAGUGUAUCCAUUCUCCAACUUUUUAUCUGAUGCGGAAGUUAUCACAUUCAAGUCUGAAGCAUUUGAUUAUUUGAACGAAUCAAGAAAAAAUCUUAUUGCAAAUGGUCUCUCUCCUCUUGUAUGUAAUCUGAUUGGUAAUAUUAGUAUAAAUACCGAACGGACUUGUUAUUUAUUGCUGCUGGAUGCUAUGAUACAUUGUUACAAGAUUUUGGUAAAACGUCGUUUCCUUUUGCAAUCAGAAUGGCUUCAGUUGCAGUAUCCAGUAACAGUGCUUUCUAAAAUUCGUGAACUUUUUCUCCCUGGUGAAUUCGUUAAUGAAAAUAGCAGAAGUAAACGAAAGUUACCAGUUAAUUUAAUGGCCAAAGAUAGGUUAUUGGCACAUAUUUUAUGCUUGGCGAUUUUAUUAGAUUAUGAAGAUAUGACUUUACCGAUUACGCCGUGGGCUAAAGAGCUUGGAACUGCUGAACCAAAGAUUACCAAAAUGGCAAUUGCACUUGGUUGUAAUGUGAGCGCAGCAACAGCAGCCGAUGGUGUUCGCUUGGGUACCUUACGUAUAGCACGGUUAAUCGGGCCGCCACAGACAUCGAAAAAACGAUUUACUGGACGAGCUAGUGCUAGAAGAGGUCGCUAA